CUCUCUAACAAUACAUCUAUUUUCUCUCCCCUCCCCUGUUCGGCAGCUUCAAUCGCCAUGACCACUUUUGCUACAGCUGCAGCUCUCUCUCUUCCAAUCUCGCUCUGUAGAACCUCAAAGGUUAACACUAAGAAGGGAGUCAGAGGAUUUGGUGUGUUUGCUAUAUUUGGAGAGGAAGGAGGGUUGGUGGAGAAGAAGAACACUUGGGGUACACUGUUCGACGUCGAGGAUCCAAGACCUAGAGUUCCUCAGUUGAAGGGGAAGUUCUUAGACGCAAAUCAAGCUUUGGAGGUUGCUAGAUUUGAUAUUCAGUACUGUGAUUGGCGAGCUCGGCAAGAUCUUCUAACUAUCAUGCUUCUUCAUGAAAAGGUAGUGGAAGUUCUGAAUCCCUUGGCAAGGGAUUACAAGUCCAUAGGUACCAUGAAGAAGGACCUUGCAGUGCUGCAAGAAGAACUGGCACACGCUCACAAACAGGUUCACAUAUCUGAAGAUAAGGUUGCUACUGCACUUGAUAAGCUGGCAUACAUGGAAGAAUUGGUAAAUGAUAGGCUGUUACAGGACAGGAGUACAACUGAAUCUGACAGAACUUCCCCCACUCCAAGCACAUCCUCAUCAUCUCUUGACAAUGUGAAAAGCAAGUUGCCGCGGAAGAGCCUGAAUGUGUCAGGUCCUGUUCAGCCAUAUGAUACUUAUUUGAAGAACUUCUGGUACCCAGUGGCCUUCUCCACUGAUCUGAAAGAUGAUACCAUGAUUCCUAUAGAGUCCUUCGAGGAGCCAUGGGUAGUAUUUCGUGGGAAAGACGGGAGCCCUGGUUGUGUUCAGGAUACAUGUGCUCAUAGAGCAUGUCCACUUCAUCUUGGCUCAGUCAAUGAAGGCCGCAUCCAGUGCCCCUACCAUGGGUGGGAAUACUCGACGGAUGGAAAAUGUGAGAAAAUGCCUUCAACUCGGUUACUUAAUGUGAAGAUAAGAUCAAUACCUUGCUUUGAACAAGGAGGGAUGAUCUGGAUUUGGCCUGGCAGUGAUCCUCCAACUGCCAACCUCCCUUCUCUGGAACCUCCUCCUGGAUUUCAAAUCCAUGCAGAGAUUGUCAUGGAACUGCCAGUGGAACAUGGGCUCCUUCUUGACAACCUCCUGGAUCUUGCACAUGCCCCUUUCACCCAUACUUCUACCUUUGCCAAAGGAUGGAGUGUGCCUAGCUUGGUGAAAUUCUUGACUCCUGCAUCUGGCCUUCAAGGGUACUGGGACCCAUACCCGAUAGACAUGGAGUUCCGCCCACCAUGUAUGGUGCUUUCAACAAUUGGGAUCUCAAAGCCCGGAAAAUUGGAGGGGCUAAAUACCCAGCAAUGUUCAACACAUCUACACCAACUUCAUGUGUGUAUGCCUUCAUCAAGACAGAAAACAAGACUAUUGUACAGAAUGUCUCUGGAUUUUGCUCCUAUUCUGAAGCAAAUCCCAUUCAUGCAUCUCUUGUGGAGACAUUUUGCUGAGAAGGUUCUGAAUGAAGAUCUGCGGCUGGUACUUGGUCAGCAGGACAGGAUGAACAAUGGAGCAAAUGUCUGGAACUGGCCUGUGUCAUAUGACAAGCUAGGAGUAAGAUACAGGUUAUGGAGAGAUGCUGUAGAAAGAGGAGCUAAAACAUUACCUUUCAGCAAUACCAAGUAGAUUAUCAGCCAAGAAAUGGAUUUCAACCCCUUAUUGGUUCUCAACUUGAAACCAACAGUAUACAAAGUUGCGGAAAAUCCAAAUGCAAUAUCCCUGUAUCACCACCCACCCCUCUUAUCUCUCAAUAAGUGGAGCAGAGACCCUCCGGAAACUGUUGAUGGAUCAGAAGCAUGGAAAAGAAGAUAUCUAUGUACAAGAUCCUUGUAAAGAAAAGACUACACAAUCUUUAUGGCUUUUUUGUGUACAGGGCUGAACCCAUUUUUUUGAACUUCUGCUUCCCAUUCAGGUCAAUAAAUUCACAAAUCCAUUCUUGGAACUGGUCUUUGUCGAUUGAUCUGUUACCGGUGAAAUCAAGCUAUUGUUGUGAUAAUUUAAGAAUUUCAGUUGUUGAAGACAAUAAAUACAUGCAAUUCAAUUGUGUACAGGUGCAUUUUGAAUUGCUUCUGAUA